CCCGGCCACCCCCGCCCCUCACAGUGGCGCUCUCGCCAUCUUGCGCCCCAACCCCCACCCCUUCGGCCUAGCCCAGUCACCUUUUUUUUCCCCUGUCUACACUCUCUGUCCCCCCCCCAUCAUUCCCCGCCCCCCUGCCCAUCGUGUCCCGGGGCCGCCGCCGCCGCCGCCGCCAGCGCGCGCCAUCUCUGUCCCCUCUCAUUCUCCACGCGGGACGCGCAGACGUGCCUCCACGUGUCCUUAAGCAGAGAUGAAUAAUACUGCAGCUAGCCCGAUGUCUACGGCCACUUCAAGUAGUGGAAGAAACACAGGGAAGGCUAUAAGCUUUGCUGCAGAAUUGCAGAGCAUGAUGUUUUCUUUAGGUGAUGCUAGGAGGCCUCUCCAUGAAACAGCAGUUUUAGUAGAGGACGUGGUUCACACACAACUAAUUAACCUGUUACAGCAAGCUGCAGAAGUCUCUCAGCUGCGAGGAGCUAGGGUGAUCUCUGCUGAAGAUCUUCUGUUCUUGAUGAGAAAAGAUAAGAAAAAACUUAGAAGACUUCUGAAAUACAUGUUUAUCCGAGACUACAAAGCAAAGAUCAUCAAAGGCCUUGACGAGGAUGACCUCCUGGAAGAAAAACUGAGUGGCAGCAGCAGUACAAACAAGAGACAGAAGAUCGCUCAGGACUUGAUCAACUCUAUUGACCAGACAGGAGAGCUUCUGGCAAUGUUUGAAGACAACGAACUUGACGAUGUUAAACAGGAGCGAAUGGAGAGAGCAGAAAGACAGACUCGAACUAUGGAUUCAGCUCAAUAUGCAGAAUUCUGUGAAAGCCGACAGCUAAGUUUCUCCAAAAAAGCUUCCAAAUUUCGAGACUGGCUGGACUGUGGCAGCAUGGAGAUAAAGCCCAAUGUUACAGCUAUGGAAAUCCUGGCAUAUUUAGCGUAUGAAACAGUAGCACAGUUAGUGGACCUGGCUCUUCUCGUGAGGCAGGAUAUGGUAUCCAAGGCAGGGGAUCCCUUCAGCCAUGCCAUCUCCGCAACCUUCAUUCAGUACCACAGCUCUGCUGAGGGGUCCUGUUUGAAGUCCUGCCCAGACUCUCCUGAGAACACACCGCCUCCUACACCAACAGCGCCCUCUUCUGGAUCCCAGCAUUCCGGGAGAGCCACAUCCGGCUCCCUGGGGAAUGGGAGUGCAGGACAAGACUCGACUAAAAGCAAGCAGAGGAAGAGGAAAAAGAGCACUGCGGCCUGUGGUGUUGAGGCUCACGGCGAUGCCAUCCAGCCCUGCCACAUCAGAGAAGCCAUCCGGCGCUACGGCCACAGGAUUGGCCCUCUUUCCCCGUUCACAUGUGUUCAAUACCUUUGUCAAGAAUCAAGCAGCCAUUGUGUGAGUUUACUUCUCAGUCCACUGUUGCGUUUCUUUGGUCUCGGAUGUCUGCUGUGUCAACACCACACCGCUUGGGUUAAACCUAUGACUCUGAAACAGAACUUUUGUGAAACCUCAGUGCGGCCAUUUGCUCAGGAGAGCUUUGGCUGUUUGGAGCCUUUUGUGUUUCUGAGUGCAUUUUAGGAUCCGUUUUGUGUGGGGUUAUUUUAUUUUUUUGUGUUAUAUAAAGAAUAUCACAGGGAUUUUAAUAGGGUUGCGAUGAAUCAUAAGUUGCUUUUGAUAACAUGGCUAUAAGUAAGGACAUAGAUGUUAAGUGAGGGAAAGGCUUAUAAUUUAAUAUUCUCAUUAUAUGCUUCAGAACUUUUAAAGAGAUUAAAAGAAAGUGGGAGAUGGCUUAAAGUUAGGGACACUUCCAGUUCUUCCAGAGGACCCAGGAUCAGUUCCCAGCUCAUUAUUACCCAUAGUUCCCACGGGAUCCACACCCUCUUCCCACCUCCACAGGCAAGCAAAGACGGCUCCAUGCUUGUGCGCACACAAGCACCAAUCUCUCUCACUAUUAUUUUAAAGAAAAAUCAGAUCACAGUGAGGCUGAGCCAAAGGAUAUUUCUAUCUACCAAGAAUCUCGAUGACUUUCUUAAAUCUUUCACUCGACUGUUUUGAAGUCUUGUACGUACGAUGUCUCAGGAGCUGUGUAAACUGACCCUUCCCCAGUCGCGUGCAGAGACCUAGGCUCAGAGCUGGCCUGCACUGAAGCCUGAGAGGUGUAAGGGGAAGGUUCCUUUUCCAUGGAAUGGGCUAAUUUAGGAAGCAGGCCUGCACAGUUGGCAGUCUUCUUAAAUACUUUCCCCAUAUACCAGUGUGAAAUAGCAAGAUUUUGGCAAGCAGACAAGCUCCAUGAAUUCAUGGGGACUGUUUCUCUUCUGUGUGUAACUGAGAUCCAGUGCCUAGCUUUUUGAAAAAGUGAUCUUUCUAAAAAUCUUGUGAUAUUUUUGUGCUGGUUGAAACUAAGUCCUUUGCACAUAUGGAAAAUUAUUAAGAUUCUCUUCCUCAGAAAAUCACUGAAAUGGAUUUUGGCAAAGACAUUUGUUUGCUCGCUGCUCUGUCAGAUUCGCCUUGUUUUAGACCACCACUCUCCCAGCGUUCCUUCAUAGCCACAGUAUCUAACUUACCUUCAAAAGUAAGCAAGUUCUCUUUAAUAACUUUGUUGGAAAAAUAUAAAUUACAAAAUAGAAACAUACAUUACUUUUUUAAGCAAAAUGUGGAUUUUGCAAACAUGUGAAGUCAGCAUUUACAAACAACAGUCACCAUAUUGUGUCUGUGGUCAUUUUGAAAGAUUUUCCCUCCAAAAAUAAUAAUACCAGCCCAGCAAGGGCAACAGCAUGGGAGUGUGGGCAUGUGAGUGCUGGCCUCUGUGAUCAUUAGCAAAGGUGGAGUCUGAAAACUGACAGUGGGCCAAGUGGAGGCGAAUCCCAGUAGGCUGCUGGAGCACGUAUGGUUCGUCGCCGUAAGUGUUCUGUGCAGUGUUGUAGUGUGCUAUUUCAUCUGUAGUAAGUCACCCCAGAACUUCAUCUGGUAACACAAGAGUGCUUGCUCAUUGUCUUGUGCCUUCUGGGAGUCAAGAACGCGGGACCAUCUUGGCUGGGCAGUUCUGUCGUGGAGUUCCCCAUAAUGUGUAGCCAUAUGUUCCUUGAGGUGGACUAUUCCUCCUCAGGUCAAUCACUUAAUGGCUGACAAUUUAGUUCUGGGCCUUGUCUAACCAGCCUCAGUUCUGCCCAGGAACUGAUGAGUGUUCCCACUGGGUAGAGCCUUAUCCUUAUCCCAAAGGGCCUUCCUUAUCCCAAAGGAAGCAAUCCAGGAAAGCGAAGUGGGGUGGACAGUGCCCAAAAGGGCAUGGCUACCAAAGGCGAGAGUAAUAGAAGACAUGAAGGUCGAGCUCGGAGCCAACAGAAAAGCCUAACAAAGGCAUCUGACAAGUGAGGGAUUUGAAAAGGAACUGGGCUGGGCUCUUUGAGGGCCUGGGUCACAGUGUUCACCACAAGCAGCAUGCAGGGGUAACUUUACUGAUGGAUGCUGAGAUUAAAACCAGGUUUCUGGGACAUGGCGCUUGUGUAAGGGGAGCCACAUGCUUGACAUAGUGGGUUUUGUGAUAGCAUUUCACGAUUUUGCUUCCCAGAAAACAGUGCUGCCUGCAGCUUCAUCCUUUCUCCGUGGCUCCAGAUCCUAGGCAUCAGACUCUAUCAUUGGACCAACCGGUGAUGCUGAGAAGAAAUUCCUGUUUAACAAGGAGCCACAGCAGAGUCCUGAGCACAGUUUAGUUUUUGUUUACACCCAAUUUAAGUGAACGUUUUUUCUAAUAUUGCAUUUCUGUAGAAUGACUAAUAUGGUAUAAGACAAUUCAGACUCUAUGUGUGUGUGUCUGUCUGUCUGUCUCUGUCUGUCUGUGUUACUCACUUUCACAAAUAAGCCUGAGACAAAUACUGAAAGAGUUGAGGGUGAACCCAGCUCUUCCCAAAGCUCCUGAGAACCUGUGCUCGCCAUAGAAGGCUUGCAGUUCUUUGUCUAGCCAGGCUCUCCCCCUAAUCUGCUUGACCUUCAGCUAAUUCUUUAGUAAAGACCUUGAGGUGAGUCACCACAGCGAGGCUUUGCAGUCCUGACUCCAGGAAGUCUGCCUUUUCUGAGCCUCAGGCUUAGCCAGUCUUUGACUUUCAAACUAAUGGCAUUUUAAGUCAUGUACUCAGUGGUGAAAUUAGCACUAAGUGAAAUAGUGUGGGUGAGCUGCUGGCCCUGUGACCUAAAGAGAUGUGUGCAGUGAAGGAGAUGACCCCACUGUGUUCCCCUGCCCUCGUUUGUAAUCCCACACAGCUGACCAGAGCUGUCUUUCUAGCUACUCUACCUGCCAUCUCCAUCUCCGAGAUGCUCUCCGCAUAUUCUAACCUCUUGCUUAAACAUGGAGAACACAAAUGUCUUUCCUGCCUUUUUAAUCUGAGGAAUUCCACAUAUUUACACAGGCACACUCACAGUGAUACAUGAAAUUACUUAGAGAAAAGCAGAUGGGACAGAGGUGCUUCUGCAUGUUCCUUGUGUGAUGUCUGCAGUCCGUCAGUCUCUGGUGCUCAUUAGAGACCUCUUGUUUGUAGUUAGGGCUUAGACUAUAUGAUCUAUAGUUUAGAUCUGGUGUGCUCUCCAGAGGCUCAUGCAUUGCAGCCUCAGUGGAAGGUGGUAGAAACUGCCAGUAACUAGGCCCUCUGAGUCUUAUGUCACCAGACGCCUGUGCUUCAGGGGGAUUGUGGUCUCUUUUUUUGUGUCCCAGUGUCAUGAGGGCAACAGACUUGUUGGAUCAUGUGCACCCAACUCUGAUGUGCUGUUCUGCCAGAGCCAAAAGCAGCAGGGUGAGGACACCUUGCAUUCCUAGUCAUCUUACUGAUUCAGUGCUUAACCCUCUAGCAUGCUAGUAUCCUUGGGCAAGCUACUCAACCUCUCUGGACCUUAGUUUCCUCGUGUAUAAAAUAUUGCCAAAUAUAGUGCCUUCCUGUGGAGCUGUCUGGAUUGAGUGAGUUAAAGUUUUCGAAGCCCCUUGCAAUCUAAUAAGCAUGUUAGGUGGCGGAGGAGGAGGAAGGUGAAGAAAGCUGAGAUCCAUGAAAGCUGCUUUUCUCAAGACAAGCAGUGAUAGAGCUGGAACCUGGGUUCCCAGCUAAGGAGUCGCUAACAACAUACGUCAUUUGCAUGGAUGUCUUUUGAAAACAUGUUAACUGCUUUUGAGAUAGUAACUAUUACAGCUUCUAAACAGC